UUUGGUCAAUGGGGUUAAGGAAUAUAUAUGCAUAAUGCAGUGUGAAAUAAAAAUGAAUAGAAUAAAAUACAAAAGGGGCAUUCCGAGAAUUGAACUCGGGACCUCUCGCACCCUAAGCGAGAAUCAUACCACUAGACCAAAUGCCCAUUUAUUAUUUCGUUUUCGCAAUUGUUGAUUAAUUACAAUACCUUUUCCCGCCAAAACUGAAAUUUCCGCUUCAUAUUCCCAAUAAUUUUGAUUUUCCCCUCUUCAUUCAUAAAUUCUUUCCCUUGCUAUUCCAUCUUCACCUUCAUCAUCAGUGUUAGGGUUUUACUUCAUUUUCACUCUCUACUGUAUUCAAUUUUCUCAUUUUCUGUGCGAUUUGAAAUUAUUCAAAAACAGUGUUUCUCUGAAUGUAUUGCAGUUUCGUCUUGAAUUUUGUUUCGAAUUAUUAUGCCUGUUUGGGAUGGAAGUAAAGCACAUCGAUGAUCAAUCUCAUUCAUAAGCGAGAUGAAGUUAAUGAUGCAAAUAGCGAUGAGAAUUAUCAGGAAACUGAGCUUUUUGAGGAUACCUUAGUGAUCAACGGUCCAUUCACCGAAAUUGGGUUGGAAAAUCUCGAUCUGAAUAAUACCGAGAUUGUAGAGGAUUCAGAGCCUGUAGAGGAUAUGAUAACUGGUACAGUAUGUGAGUAUGAGACAGAAGUUGUGUUUGAUAGCGAGGACGAAGAAAUGAAUAAUACAGGCAAAGUGACUGUUGGUAAAAGAUUUCUUGAGGAUGAAAGUAGUCCAACGGUAUACAAUUCUUCGGUGCUCUUCAAGAAGAGAUUGCCUAAGCUACCAUGUGAGCAAGCAAACUCAAAAUCAAAUGGCACCACUUGUGGGAAAUCUAUUACUGGUGAGAGCUUUGAUGACAACAACCAUCAAUAUCUACCUGCUAUGUCAUAUGAUGCUCACUCACCAACCGUAGCUGCACUAGGCUUUGUGGAUCAGUACUUGUCACAGAUAGAUGUGGAUCUAUUUCAAGGAUUUCAAAAUGGAAAGAUUGCAAUGGAGAAGUCACCUCAAGUCUCGAGUGCAAGAGGAUCAAUUAGUCUGGCUAAGAAAUUUAAAGCUCGGACGCAAAGUGAAGAUAAAGACCCACUCAAAUGGGCUGACAGUGAUCAAAAUUUAAAAGAAGCUGGUAUUUUCUGUAAAAAACUUGAAGCAUCUUUCAGUUUUGGAAGCCAUGGACUGACGUAUAACAGAAGAAGACAGCAAAAAGGUAGUCGUCUUCAGAACCAAGGAAAAUGUAGUGCAAGUAAUGGAUGUGAUGAGAACCAAGGAAACUAUAGUGCAAGUAAUCAAUGUGAUGAGAAUUUAGUCCAAGAACCAACAAUGGCAACUGACAAUAAUAACUCUCUCAAGGAGUUGUAUGUUGAGUCAUGUGCCGCAAGAGGCGAUGUUGAUAUUUAUACAAGUGUAGCACAUACAGAAGACAUGCUGAUAUUGGCUUAGACACUCAAAUAGCUGCUGAAGCUAUGGAUG